GCUAGAUGGAUAGAUAGUUUAGAAUUUAGAUACUCCAUAAACAGUCAAAAAGCCAGAGUCUUUCUAUAUGGAGAUAUCACUGUUUAGAUUCCUCUCUUCACAAUUUCAAAUGGGUUUUCUUGGAAACUAGUGAUGGAACCAGAAAUGGGACAAGAAGCAGCAGCGAAAGAAGACAGGAAUCUGCCGGAAUUUUCAAAAUCCAGUGCUCUCCAACAAGCCAUUGAGGUUAUAUCUUCUUUGAUUUCUCUGUCUCAUUCAAUUAAAGCUUUUGCUGUGAAAUGGCAACUGAUUCGGAACAAACUAGAGGAGCUGAACUCUGGCCUAAUUGCGGCGGAGAACUGCGACACCAGCCAAAACCCAUCACUUUCUGCACUAAUCCCCCUCAUAUAUGUCACUGUUAAUGAAUGUCAUGAUCUUGCUCGUCGGUGUCUGGAUCUUUCAUACAGUGGGAAGCUCUUGAUGCAGAGUGAUUUGGAUGUAAUAGCUGGGAAAAUCGAUACCCAUUUAAGAAAUCUUUCUCGGAUUUACACUACUGGGAUUUUGAGUCAAGGGUUUGCCAUUGUUGUGUCAAGACCUGGGGCUAGUGCUUGUAAAGAGGAUAUGAAGUUUUACGUGAGGGAUUUGUUCACAAGAAUGAAAAUUGGGGACACGGAAAUGAAGAAGCAAGCCUUGAUAAAUUUACAUGAAGUGGUUGUUGAUGAUGAAAGAUAUGUAAAGAUUGUUGCUUUUGAAGUUGAUGAUGUUGUCAAUUUGUUGGUGAAUUUUCUUGGUUCACCAGAAGUGGAAAUCCAAGAAGGAGCUGCAAAAGUGGUGUCUAUGAUUUCUGGGUUUGAUUCAUACAAGGGUGUCCUAAUUGGGGCUGGAAUUAUUGGGCAUUUGAUACGUGUUUUGGAGAUUGGGAGUGAAUUGGGUAAGGAGAGUUCUGCAAGGUCUCUGCAGAAAUUGACAAUAAAUUCAGACAAUGCAUGGUCAGUUUCUGCUCAUGGGGGUGUUACAGUUCUGUUGAAAAUAUGUUCAAAUGGUGAUUCUAGAGCUGAACUUAUAGUACCUGCUUGUGGGGUGUUGAGGAAUCUUUCAGGCGUUGAAGAGAUAAAGAGAUUUAUGAUUGAAGGAAGUGCUAUUUCAACUUUUAUCAAGCUUGCAAGGUCGAAGGAUGAAUCUGUGCAGGUAAAUUCAAUUGAUUUUCUUCAAAAUAUUGCAUAUGGAGAUGAGUCAGUUAAGCAAUUGAUCAUCAAAGAAGGUGGAAUCCGGGCAUUGGUUCGCAUUUUGGAUCCUAGAUCAGCUUUCUCUUCCAAAACAAGAGAGAGAGCAUUAAGGGCAAUUGAGAGUUUAUUCUUCUCUUCAAUGAGUAGCAUAAACAGUUUAAUGAAUUAUGGGUUUGUGGACCAUCUAUUGUUCUUUCUCCGCAUUGGGGACGUUUCUAUUCAAGAAUUGGCUUUGAAGGUAUCAUUUAAGCUCUCCGGAAUAUCAGAGGAGACAAAAAGGGCAAUGGGGGAUUCUGGUUUCAUGCCUGAAUUUGUGAGAUUGAUGAAUUCAAAAUCAUUUGAAGUACGCGAAAUGGCAGCCGAGGCACUCUUCAGUAUGGUUUCAGUGUCCAAGAAUCGACGGAGAUUCGUGCAGGACGAUCGUGGUGUUGGGUUUCUGCUGCAAUUGCUUGACCAAAAGGAGGCAAAUUCAGGUAACAGCAAGUUCUUGCUUAAUAUAUUGAUGUCAUUGACAAGUUGCAAUAGCGGGAGAAAAAAGAUUGCCAGUUCUGGGUACUUGAAGAACAUUGAAAAACUUGCAGAAGCUGAAGUCUCUGAUGCUAAAAGACUUGUAAGGAAACUAUCCACAAACAGAUUCCGCAGCAUGUUGAGUGGAUUCUGGCAUUCUUGAAUGUUAUUUCCCCCCUUUUUUGGCAUAUUUUUUUUUUAAUCAUCUCUGUAUAUUUUGCAUAAGAUUUUGAAGCUUUAUUGUGUUAAAAAUGUCCACUCUGCAUAAACAGCUUUAGAGCAGCUUUUUUCUUAAUUUGUAACCACAAGUAGAUAUCCAAUAAAAGCUGCCAUUGGCAUGUUAUGAAUUCGUCUGAA